AUGAGUGAUCGAAAAUUGCCCAAUAUUAUCAUCACAGGUACGCCUGGUGUCGGAAAGACGACUCAUUGUGAGAGCCUUGCAGAACGAACUGGUCUGCGUCACCUUUCAGUCAACCAAGUCGUGAAGGACAAGGAGUGCCAUGAAGGUUACAGCGAUGAGUUCCACAGCUUGAUUGUGGAUGAAGACAAGGCAAUAUCACAGCUCCUUGAUGCUAUCGAGGAGGAUGUCAAGGCUGGCGGAUACAUCAUUGACUGGCACGCAUGUGAUCUCUUCCCUAAGAGCUGGAUAGAUCUAGUCGUGGUCCUACGAGUCGACUCUUCCACCCUCUACGACCGUCUUACAGCGAGAAAUUAUCCCGACUCUAAGCUUCAAGAAAACCUUGACUCUGAGAUUAUGGAGGUCCUUCUACAAGAGGCGCAUGAGGCAUUCGAUGAGGAAAUUGUCAUCGAGUUGACAAGCAACAACGCUGAUGAGAUGGACACAAAUGUUGAUCGCAUAGUUGCUUGGCUCGAUCAAUGGAAGAAGGACAACAGCGAGUAA